AUGCCCGCUGCAGACAGCAGAGACCCGCAGCAGAAGGGAUUUUUGAACCACAUGGCUGGCAAGGAGACACGACCCUUAGCUGGGAGAGGCACCCAUGCUGGAAAACUACCUGGAGCUGAGAAGAAGCUGCACGAGGCUGUUUGUGUGCUGCUGGUGGAGCUGUGCGAGCGCUUCACCUUCUUUGGCAUCGUGUGCAACAUGAUCCUCUUCUGCACCGCCAAGCUGGGCUACCGCGGCUACCAGGCGGCCAUGGUGAACAUGUGCUUCGUGGGCACCUCCACGCUCACCCCCGUGCUGCUGGGCUGGCUGGCUGAGCACCUCGUGGGCAGGGUCAGGCUGGUGUGCAUCUGCAUGUUCCUGCAUUUCCUAGGCACAGCACUGUUACCUGUGGUGUCAUUCCCCUUCGAAGAUGUUUACAUCGACAGAAGGCACAUCCUGCUCACCCUGCCCAAAAGGGAGCAGAAAAUCGUGUUCUACUUUGCCCUCCUCACAGCCAGCCUGGGGAUUGGAGGCAUAAGAGCUGUUGUGUGUCCACUGAGUGCCUACAGCCUCGAGGACUGUGCACCGAAGGAGCUGCUCUCAUUUUUCAACUGGUUUCACUGGCUGGUUAACUUGAAUUCAGCAGUGGUCUUUGUCAGCAUUUCCUACAUCCAGCAGUCUGUGGCCAGGAACCUUGGCUUUCUUAUCCCAUUUGUGUCUGGGCUUAUGGCUAUGAUCACAAUUCACAUGCUUCGGGGUGACAUGAUUUACAAACCCAAAACAGACAGCUCCCUGCUGACCACUUUUGGGGUGAUUGUCAGUGCCCUGAGGACGAGCUGCGCGCGCCAUCGCUAUUUCAGCACGGGCAGCUGGCUGGACCUGGCCAAGGAGAACCACGGUGGCCACUACAGUGAGAGCCAGGUGGAAGGCACCAAAUCACUCACCAGACUCUUCCCCUUGUUCACUUUCCAGAUCCUGUACAGGACGUGCAUUAUGCAGAUUCCUUCAGGAUAUUAUCUCCAAACCAUGAAUUCCAACUUGCACUUCAGUGGAUUUUUCUUGCCAGUUGCAGCAAUGAAUGUGAUAAGCAUCGUGCCACUUCUGAUUCUUGUUCCUAUUUUGGAGUGCAUUAACUCAUGGCUCUUUAGCUCCAAGGACACUGGACAUUCUCCAACCAUUUACAUUGUUGUAGGUCACCUGUGUGCUGCACUGUCCGUGCUGGUGGCUGGCUUCUCUGAAAUCCACAGGAAGCGUUUCCCCCAGGUGGAGCAGACUCUCUCCAAGGAGGUUCUCCUGGUCUCCUCCAUGCCCUGCUUCCACCUGGCUCCUCAGUACAUCCUGCUUGGAGUGGCUGAAGCCUUGGUAACUCCAUCCUGUUCCUUACUUUCCUUCUGGCUUGUGCCUGAAAGAAUGAGAGGGAUUUCCAUGCAUUUUUUAGCCCUCUUUAAUGGAGCUGGCUGCUUUAUGGGAGCUCUCUUUGUUCAGACAGCCCACGCAGGCACUCAAGGCAGCUGGUUCCCACACUUGCUGCACGAAGGCAAAUUGGAGAGGUUCUUCUUCUUCUUGGCUUCCUUAAUGAUGAUGAACACCCUGGGGUUCUGGAGCAUUGCACACAGAUACAACAAUCUGCACGAGGAUUGCACCAAUGAGUUCAGAGGGAAUCUUCCUGGAGAAAAACUUCUGAAACACGAAAAAACCAUCAAGCAUUAUAAUGCUGUCCUGGAAAGUUCUCCCAUUUUGUCUCCUGUGGAGAAAACCUGA